AUGGAGAUUGCAAGAAGAGUGAUGGAGAUUGAAUCAAGGAUUUUUAAUCCAAUAGUAUGGGCCGUAGACAAAGAAGUGGCUCGUUUUUGUACUUGGGAACCUUACACCUGCAAAGAAGAUGGCUUAAGCUUCAUCAAGGAGAAGGUAAUCCCUCACUCUUGGUUCAGGGCAAUCUGCAUAGACGACAAGCCAAUAGGUGCCAUUUCGGUGACCGCGAAUUCGGGCAAUGAUAAGUGUAGAGGGGAGCUUGGCUAUGUUCUUGGGUCCAAGUAUUGGGGUAAAGGAAUUGCAACUGAGGCUGUGAAAAUGGUUGCUGAGAUAAUAUUCAAAGAAUGGCCACAUUUGGUGAGACUUGAAGCUUUGGUAGAUGUGGAAAACAUUGGCUCUCAAAGGGUUCUGGAGAAAGUUGGGUUUUUAAGAGAAGGGAUUCUUAGGAAGUAUGUUUUGCUUAAAGGAAAAUAUAAAGAUAGGGUGAUGUUUAGUCUCCUUUUUACUGAUUAUAAUUCCAACACUGAAUUAUAGUUUCUAUACCAUUACCAUUGCUAUGUCUUGGAUUGCAUUAGUUACUCUGUUUCUUUUUCUUUUUUUUCUUGGUGACUAGUCUGUAUUCUUUGUUGUACUUUUCAAGAAAAAAAAUCUAUGUUGUAUAAAAACUUUAAUUUUCAUUUGUUUUUA